GACGGCCGGCUGCAAAGGGCUCCUCGGCAGGCCCUCCCGCCGCGGCCUCGCGUACCCCGCCAGCUCGAAGACCCCGUCUCCGCUCGCCUUACCGUAGGCCGUGACGACAUGAGCAACAAAGAAGGAUCAGGAGGGUUCAGGAAAAGGAAGCAUGACAAUUUCCCACAUAACCAGAGAAGAGAAGGGAAGGAUGUUAAUUCCUCUUCACCUGUGAUGUUGGCCUUCAAAUCAUUUCAGCAGGAACUUGAUGCAAGACAUGACAAGUAUGAGAGACUUGUAAAACUUAGUCGGGAUAUAACUGUAGAAAGUAAAAGGACAAUUUUUCUGCUCCAUAGGAUUACAAGUGCUCCUGAUAUGGAAGAAAUAUUGACUGAAUCAGAAAUUAAAUUGGAUGGUGUCAGACAAAAGAUACUGCAGGUGGCCCAGGAGCUCUCAGGAGAAGACAUGCAUCAGUUCCACAGAGCCAUUACGACAGGACUACAGGAAUAUGUGGAAGCCGUCUCUUUUCAACACUUUAUCAAAACACGAUCACUUAUCAGUAUGGAUGAAAUCAAUAAACAAUUGGUAUUUACAACAGAAGACAAUGGGACAGAAAAUAAGACUCCCUCUUCUGAUGCCCACGAUAAAGAGUUUGGUACGUGGAGACUGAAAAUCACACCUGUUGAUUACCUUCUGGGAGUGGCUGAUUUAACUGGAGAGUUGAUGCGGAUGUGUAUUAACAGUGUGGGGAAUGGGGACAUUGACACCCCCUUUGAAGUGAGCCAAUUUUUACGUCAGGUUUAUGAUGGAUUUUCAUUCAUUGGCAAUACUGGACCUUAUGAGGUUUCUAAGAAGCUGUAUACCUUGAAACAGAGUCUGGCCAAAGUGGAGAAUGCUUGUUAUGCCUUGAAGGUCAGAGGUUCAGAAAUUCCCAAACAUAUGCUGGCAGAUGUCUUUUCAGUUAAAACAGAAAUGAUUGAUCAAGAAGAGGGCAUUUCUUAGAGUAACAUUACUCAGAUAUUAUUCUCUUGAACUCCUAAGAGAGACCAGUUUGUAAGACUGUUAUUUAGUAUUUUAUUUGACUUUAUUGUGGCAUUUACAUAGGAAAUUUUCAGUUUUACUUGUUUUAAAUUAUAUACAAGCUGUACAUAAAAUUAUCAAAAUGAAUCAUUUUCUAUAUCUUACUCAUGAAAGUCUGCAUACAGAUGUUUGUGUAUGUGCCUAUUGGAAUUUUUCUCAGCCGAAUCUCACGACUUAUCUUUGUAAUGUGAACAUGCUUUAGAGUGUGCUUUCUGCACCUGUUUUACUUUACUUUGUGGGAAUUUUGAGUGGUAAUAAUUAGUGGAAGCCAUUUAUGAUUUAAGUUGGUGGUUUUGUUACAUAUAGAAAAGAUCUCUUAGUUAUACAUCUGGACUUGAGCUUUUUGUUUAAAUUUCUUGAUAAUAUUGUGUCAAGUCUCCAAAAUAGGCUUAUUCUAUAGACCAGAAUUAAACAUUACUAAGUUUUCAAUAUACUUUAAUUUUAUGUGGCAUUGUGGUAAGAAUUCACAUUAUAUUCUGGCUAGUUUAGGCCAUUUUGAAUCCAUAUGAAACAGCCUUUCAGAAAAAUUGACAUACCUAGUUGUUAGUUUCUACAUUUAACUUUUGUCCUUUAGCACAGAAAGUCCAAUAGAGAAUUGGAGCUAAUAUUCUAAUAUUUUCACUAGUGUUUGAGUUGAUUAUAUACCUGUACAUACAACUAAGAAGCUUUUUAGUAGUGAUUAUUUAGCAAUUUUUUUGUUAUCUCUUAUAUUAACAUUAGGCAUGUUGGAGGCUUUCUAAUUCUAGUGUCUAUAAGGAAUUACAUUUAAGUAAUUAUGAUGAAGUUUUGAAAUUUUUGAAAUACUAAGUUAAUCUGAACCUUUAUAGUUUUCUAGUUGUGUUCAUUGAUAGUAUAAAAAGUUGCCAAAGAAAAUUUAUCUUGUACAAUUCAGCAAUAAGACAAUUGUCAACACAGUUAGGAAUAACAAUGAUAGUCAUAGUGAUAUUUAGAAUUGGAAUUUGCCUACUGAAAUUAGUUAUAAUUUCCUGUGAUGUGAAACUGACCUGAACAUGACACUAUUGGCAGGCAGCCAGGCAUUUCCAUUUGGUUCUAUGAGUUUCGAGAAUCUGGAUACUGGAUUUUACUUUUUGAAAGAUUAGCUGCUCUGUUGGUAAAGUCUGAUUCUUUGAAAGUGUAAUUUUCACCUCCAAAAAAAUUACCUGAAGGAAAAUAAAACAUAGGCAUGACUAAUACAUUAGGUUUGUUUGUUUGGUUUGGUGGUAGUGAGGUUUUUUUUGUUUCCCUAUUCAAAGAUAUAUUGCUGAAAUGUAGUCUCAUUACAUAUUUUUGUUUCUUCUGCCACUUGAAGUUUAUGUUAAAAG